AUGCUGAAACGUGCUCGAGCAGCUCACGACAACGAGGACUUUUGCGCCUUGUCCGCCGGACCAGAGGCCAACGGACCCUGGAAACGCGUCGAAGCGGCGGACCGGUUUGUGGUUUUCCGACGACAAGUCAAAGCCAGCAGCAAUGAGAAGCGGCCAAAUGAGCUCGAAGUCCUCUGUGCCGGACGACUGGAUGCCAGUCUCGAAGAGGUGGCGAGUAUUCUCCGGUCCAGCUCCGAAGGCGAGCACAACGCUUCCAUGUCGGCACUGUACGCCAAGGACUUUAUCUUUGGGUCCUAUGAACGUGAGGUGCCGUGUUUCCAGAAUCUGGCCAAUAGCCAAAGCGAGACGGUUACUCAGAACCACGAACAACUCUCUCAAUGGUGCUACUUGGACUAUUUCCAAUGCAAGCAAGAGCGUGAUGGCUUCACUAUCACAAAGCGUGCUCUGUCUCCCACUGAGUCGACCCCAGGACGCAUCGCAGGACUGAACGCCCGCGUGGACCAACUGCACGGAUUAAGUGCCUCGUAUCUGGUCGACGUACUCCCCAAUCCCAAAGGUCUGCGCGUCGUCUUCCACGCCUGCUCCAACACCAGUUCGAGUACUAAUCCGCGCCGCCAUUCGUUCGGCUAUGGUGAGACUAGCAAGCACAAGGCGCAACUGCGGCGAUUGUUGGCCAUGGCGCAUGGAGUCACCAAACUCCCCGAGCUCAUUCGUCGUCGCCGAUUCGGCGUGCAAAUUCCGGCAAAGAUCAGCUCAAUUCAGGUGGCGAAUCCGCGUUGCCCGUGUUGCACGCACAGUUUAGCCCCCAUGGACCUGGCGCAUCUCAAAUUGGACACAAGACGCUGCUUCUUGUGCGGGUACCUCGUGUGCGCUGACUGUUGGACUGCAGACCACAUGGAGAGUUUUUCUGGACGUGUAGCUGCAAUCACCGUCUGUACUCGCUGUCAUGUCAACGUUCAAGCUUGUGAGUAUUCGGAGGUGUUCGCUGGGACAGCACAAGAGCGUGAGAAGCACAGUGGACCCCCGCGUGUUGUGGAAGACUCGGACGAAGCUUCAACUGUGUCGUUGCUGGUGGAUUUCCUCUCUGCUUCUCUGCUAAACUCACGCUCUAGUAGUGUAGAACACGUGGCUGUUAUGGAUGUAAUUCGGAUCCUUCUUCGACAAGAGAAGAGCUCUGACGACGAAGACGCUGAGAUGGAAGCCGUUGAAAAGAUCAGGGAGAUACUGAGCGACGAGCACGAGUGUAAAUUACCCAGUCUAGAAGCGUGUAGACUAAUCAACGCUCAAGAACGCACGUAUCUCUUGGAUCUACCGGGAGAUCCGAACAUCGACGUGCCACAUUCUCCGAUUCCAAGUAACGAGGCCGAACGUAUCGCCAGCAUUAAAUCUGCGGGGUUAUUGGAACUCGCCGACAUUUUCGCGCCGGAAACGCCACACACAGACAUGAAGGUUGUUGCACCUGAUGUCCACGACCUCGAGUUACUGUGUCAAUUGGCGGUGAAAACCUUGGGCUGCGCGUAUGCGUUCGUGACGAUCAUGUGUACGAAACACGAGCAUAUUGUGGUUGGCACACACCCCGGAUUUGUUGGAGCGGCCGUUCCUCGGGCGCAAACUACAUGCCAACAUGCACUCAUGUCUCCGUAUCCAUUCAUGGCAGCUCAUCACGAAGCAGACGUACGCUUCCACAAGCACGGCGCCACCUCUGCAGUCCCCACCCGGUUUUACGCUGGCUUUCCGCUGACCGUAGAAGAUGGAGAGAUGACAGUCGGCAUGUUGUGCUGCAUCGACUCGAAGCCUCGGGCCGAGAUCACUCGCACGCAAUACGCAACGAUGAAGCGGCUAGCUAGCACUUCAUCCCACUUUCUGCUACAGAAGAGUCGACAGCUGUAG